GGCAGAAAUGUGGUCGAAAAUCAGGUCAGACGCGGCUCCAAAUGUGUGUCACAUCCUGGCGGAGCACCACUGAAGGAACAAAGGAGCUGGGGAACCAAAUGGUGGGGAUAGCCUGAUAUCCUCAAUCCUACAAACAAGAUGUCAAAGCGGCCACCCUAUGCCCCAGCCCCCGCCCCAGCCCCCACAACACAAAUGCCCACCACCCCUGGGUUUGUGGGGUACAACCCAUACAGCCAUCUGGCCUACAACAACUACAGGCUGGGAGGGAACCCCGGCGGGAACAACAGGGUAAUGAACUCCUCGGGGAUCACCGUUCCUAAGCCGCCCAAACCGCCCGACAAGCCGCUGAUGCCCUACAUGCGGUAUAGCCGGAAGGUAAGCAGGAAGGUUUGGGACCAAGUUAAAGCCUCUAAUCCUGACCUGAAGCUAUGGGAGAUUGGGAAGAUCAUCGGUGGCAUGUGGAGGGACCUCACUGAUGAGGAAAAACAGGACUAUUUAAACGAAUACGAAGCAGAGAAGAUUGAGUACAAUGACUCUCUGAAGGCCUACCACAACUCUCCAGCCUACCUGGCGUACAUCAACGCUAAGAAUCGUGCGGAAGCUGCUCUAGAAGAAGAGAGCAGACAAAGACAGUCACGCUUAGACAAGGGCGAGCCCUAUAUGAGCAUCCAACCUGCUGAGGACCCUGAUGACUAUGAUGACGGGUUCUCCAUGAAGCAUAUAGCGGCAGCUCGUUUCCAGAGGAACCACCGGCUCAUCAGUGACAUCCUGAGCGAGGUUGUGGUGCCUGACGUUCGCUCAGUGGUGACCACUGCUCGCAUGCAGGUCCUCAAACGACAAGUCCAGUCCCUCAUGGUGCACCAGAGGAAACUUGAAGCAGAGCUGCUUCAAAUCGAGGACCGACACCAGGAGAAGAAGAGGAGGUUCCUGGAGAGCACAGACUCCUUCAAUAACGAGCUCAAACGGCUGUGCGGUCUUAAAGUGGAGGUGGACAUGGAGAAGCUGGCAGCCGAAAUGGCUGCUGCAGAGGAGGCAGCGCGCCGGAGGGCGGAGGAGAGGGAGCGGGAGGCAGCAGAGCAGGUGGAAAGAGCCGCUCAAGAAGAGCAACAGCCUGCCGCCGGCGCCCAGGCCAAUGCCAACCCUGAACAAACCUCUGCCAGCGAGGCCAAGGAUGGAGAAGACAAGCCCACCCCUAUGGAGACUGAGUCUCUGGCUGAAACUUCUGAAGGAUCUCAGGAGGCCGAGCAAGGCCCCCCGGCUGCAGUUGGAGACAAGCCGGCCCAACCUGAGCCUGCAGAGGGCGCUACAGACGAGGGCACCAGUGACAGCACUGCACCGUCUGAGAGCAGCUCUGGACCCCCAGCAGAACCCCAGGCCUCAGACACCCCUGAAGAGCGGCUGCCCACCCAGCCACAGUAAUCCCACCCAUGUUCUUCAUGUUCAUUUACACAGUCUCACUUUGCUCUUGUGUAAAGUCAUUCCACCUGCAAGUCAGUAUGUGAAAAGUGAAAACUGCUCCCAGUCAAUGUUGUACACUGAAAUGUUUUGGAAGGACAGCAGAAUCUUAAUUAGCACUUCACCCACACACACAUCCAUUCAGGUACACCUGUUUAUUCGAUCUAACCCUGAUAUUACAAGCCCACUCGAGUAUUCCUAAAGCUUUAUGGCCAUUAAAAAGCUGUUUUAUUGUAAAGUGGGCAAAUGUUGAGGAAAAUAUAAUGCUUGCAUCCUGCAGUCACCAGUUGUUUGCGAAAAGCUGAAGUGCCAGUUUUUUGCUGUUGCUUACCAUGUUUUAUCUUACUGUGGCAUGAAUAUGUCAUGGUAUAUAUUUGUUUUACCUUUUCACAGUUUAGUUGAGUAGUCUGUGGUGGGUUGUAGCCCCCCCCCCCCCCUUGGUACUUAAAGCCAUGCUACCACUCAUGAUUUUCCAUCGCAACAGAUUGACCACACAGAGCAGAUAUCUUCAUGGAAUAAUACAUGGACUUUAAGCCUCUGGAUUAUUGUUUUUGUAUUGUUGCAAUGUAUUCCCUCAAUAAAGUGAUUUCUAUGUCUGUUUUAAA